AAUCGUUUUUUUAUUACGCCAUAUUGUGAAGCUACGUUCGGAUACACGUAUCAUAACAUUUUAAUGUUUUUUUUAGUUCAGGUUUUUUUUUAAGAAUAAUUGAAUAAUAUUUUAUGAAUAUUGUCGUUGUUUUAUAGUUAAUAGUGAUUUGGUGUUAGUUCGUGAUUAAUUAGUGAACUGAAUCUGAUUUGGAAUUUCAAUAUGUUUAAAAAAUCUCUGUGGUACACAUUGAUAGUGUUGUUAUGUAUCAACGAAGUGGUUCAACAAGAAAUACCCACACCGGCCAGUUUCCUCCAACCCAGGAACUUCAACUACCAUCCCUACGAACUCCGACAGCACUUGGAAGAUAGUAAACCUACAAAACAAGGCCCAGUGCUGUUCCCGAACGACGGACCACCACCACCACGGCGACCCCUAAUAGUAACAGCGCGACCCUUAAUCGAAGCGAUACAAGAAAGCGACUUAAACCCAAACCCCCCAAACAAUUCCUUAACCGAAAACUCCAUACCGACCCAAAAUUCCAUACCAAACUUCGUAGUAACCCAAAAUAAUCCUCUUAACCAUGUAUACCCAUUACCAAGUCCAACAGACGUGACUCUAUCACCAGAUCUUUUGGAGAAUAUUUCUCCAAUCUCCAAUAAUGAUCUGUUCUCCAAUCCUGGAGAAACUUCCGUCAAUAAUGUGCCAGAAGCCAGUUCAUACAACCAUGUCCCUUAUGCUCAAAUGUUGCUGAAAGCAAGACUCAGGGGAUAUGCGAGAGAAAAUGGAUUCAAUGAUUAUGAGGAGCGAACAGUCCUGCCGCCAAUAUACAGAGCGCUGUCGGACCACGCCAGACAAAAUUUGCUGAAACACAAAAUUCAAAAACAAUACUAUCAGGUUCAAAAUUUAGACUACGGGAACCAAUACGAUAGCAAUAAAGAAUCCGAUGAAAACAAUAAUGAGGACUACGAUCAGGAUCAAAAUUACGCGUUCUCAUACAGAGUCAAAGAUCAGAAGACUGGUGAUGAUUUCUCACACAAACAGCAAAGCGUGAGUGGUGGGACCAACGGAGAAUACAGGGUUCGACUCCCGGAUGGAAGAUUACAAAUAGUUUCUUACACUGCCGAUGAAAAUGGCUACAAUGCUGAUGUAAGAUAUGAUGAAGAUGAAGUCAACAAUCUCAAAAACAACAUCAAUAACGAUUAUAAUAAUGCAAAUCAAUAUAACAAUCAAAACCUUCAAAAUAACGUUAAACAGAACAAUAAUAAUAACUUUAUACAACAAUAUAACAAUAAUGCACUUAGGAAUAACAAUGCUAAUAAUAUAAGACAGUAUGAUAAUCAAAACAUAGCAAGUAAUUAUUUAAGACCACAACAAACUAAUAUAAACCAGCACGAAGAUCGAAUAUUCCUAAACAAUUAUGUACAACAUGACAAUAAUCUAAAACAAUUUGAUAAUAAUAAUCAAAAUGUCAAAAUUAUAUACUUUCAACAGAACGAUGGUAAUGUAAGACAAUACGAUAAUGUAAAUCUCAGAAACGAUUAUGGUAAUUACAAAGAUGAAACACCAAUCAAAGAGGAUCCUAACCAGUAUAACUCAAAAGAAUAUUAUGAUUAUUCAUCAGAAUACAAUCAAAAUUAUGAGCCUUACAAUCGUAAGUUUGCUGUUUUUCAACCUGUUUCAACACCAACCGUAGUAACAACUUUAAGACCAAAUUAUGGGGAAUAUAAAAAUUUUUUUACUGUAGCCCCUACAAAAGUAUCUCCUUCUUAUAUAGAUGGUGUGAUUUCGGCUUCUAAUAGCCCGAUAGUGAAAUUUGAAUCAACGUCAGAAAAUGCUGUUUUCGUAGAUGGAAAAAAGGUUUAUACGAACGUAAAUCAUAUUGCACCUACAGAACCAACUUCCACUGUUAAAAAUUACGUAUCAGUAACACCUGCUGAUUACUUGGCAUCGACUAUAGCGAGUUUAAGAGAUAGGAUGACAGUGACACCUAAACCUAUCGUUUUUGGUAAUUUUAUUAAUACGCUCGGCAAAUAUUUGAAUUUUAAGUGAUUUAAGUUAGUAAUUGUGUAGAAUUACGUGUAUGUUGUAUAAAGGGAUAUGACAAAGAUUUUUUGUAAUUUAUUAUUUUUUGUGUAAUAAAAAUUCUAAUUCGA